AGGCUGGUCUUGCACUCCUGGCCUCAAGUGAUCCUCCCACCUCAGCCUCCCAAAGUGCUGGGAUAACUUAUAGUUGACCUGUUCAGGGGAACUUUUAAGAUUCAGGGGAGACACCUUGAGCCAUGGAGAGAACAACAGUGAGUGCAGCAGCCUGUAGUGCUGUGAGACUCCCAUUCCAUGUCAGCCAAAACUACACUGUUAUCUGUGAGGUGUAAAGCUUUACAUUUUAUAUUUUGAAGUUUCUGCCUAAGACUUAACAACAACUGACAUAAGUCGUGCUGGAGCAGCCUUACUCUUAGAAUGAAGAGAGAGCAGUAUGAGAAAGCAAAGUAUGCAUUUUUCCAUGUAUCACCUGGUAGAGCUGUAGACACAAACUGAUCACUCAGCUUCAAUUUCAAUACAACUACUGUUUCUAUGCUUAAGCAUGUGUGUCCUCUGAUUUACAUGGGAACAUGGAUGCUAACCUCAACAGGCUGAUCUAGAUCAACCAGACAGCCAGGAUCAUAAAUACAUCCAAAGUACUCUACUACCUCCCUCCUUCCCUCUUCCUUCUAAGAGAGAAGGUUAUAUACAGACAGGAAGAAAAAGAGGAUGUAGACUAGCUACUAUAGCCCAGAUACUAUUAGGUACUUUAUAUGAACAAAUCACCUUUUAUCCUCAUAAUAACCCUAGAGAGUAGGUGUUAUCAUCUAUAUGUGAUAGACAGGAUAACUUAAGCUUACAGAGAGGUCACUUCUCAGAUCACAUAGCUUGUAAGUGAUUGGUACCUGUUACUAACACCGAGGCUGCUGGCUCUUCCAUUACAACACAGCCUUUACACCACCCUAGACCUGUUGUGUUGAGGUUGCUAUCUCCUUUAAGGCUUAGGGUGACUGGUGUUAAAAGUGUAUGUAGACAGUAGCCAAGGCACUGGGAUCCACACUGGACAGUGAUGUAGGGAAAGGCUGGAGUAAUAUUGGUAACGUUAAUGCUAGUGAAUCGGUGCCAUACCUCUAGACCAGAAAGUCAGCCACUGAGGGGAAUAAAACUUAAACAGGGAGUCAGGAAACCUGACUCUGGGCCCAGUUCUACCUAUGUUAAGCCUUGGUUAGUCAUUUUACUUUUCUGGAAUCUACUUCUUCAUCUCUUGGCAGAAACAAUGCUUAAAAUUCUGAUUUUCGUGUCUCCUAUUUGGCCAGUUGAAAACUUAAGGGUCCUUCCCUCUGAAGUUGAAGUGUUGGAGUCCAUCUAUCUGGAUGAACUACAGGUGAUUAAAGGAAAUGGCAGAACUUCACCGUGGGAGAUCUACAUCACUUUGCAUCCUGCCACUGCAGAGGACCAGGAUUCACAGUAUGUCUGCUUCACUCUGGUGCUUCAGGUCCCAGAAGAGUAUCCCCACGAGGUGCCACAGAUCUCUAUCCGAAAUCCCCGAGGACUUUCAGAUGAACAGAUCCACACGAUCUUACAAGCGCUGGGCCAUGUGGCCAAGGCUGGGCUGGGCGCUGCCAUGCUCUAUGAACUCAUUGAGAAAGGGAAGGAAAUUCUCACAGAUAACAACAUCCCUCAUGGCCAAUGUGUCAUCUGCCUCUAUGGUUUCCAGGAGAAGGAGGCCUUUACCAAAACACCCUGUUACCACUACUUCCACUGCCACUGCCUUGCUCGGUACAUCCAGCACAUGGAGCAAGAGCUGAAGGCACAAGGACAGGAGCAGGAACAGGAACGGCAGCAUGCUGCAACCAAACAGAAGGAAGUCGGUGUGCAGUGUCCAGUGUGCAGAGAGCCCCUCGUUUAUGAUCUUGCCUCGCUGAAAGCAGCCCCUGAACCCCAACAGCCCAUGGAGCUGUACCAGCCCAGUGCAGAGAGCUUGCGCCAGCAAGAAGAACGCAAGCGGCUCUACCAGAGGCAGCAGGAACGGGGGGGAAUCAUUGACCUUGAGGCUGAGCGAAACCGAUACUUCAUCAGCCUUCAGCAGCCUCCUACCCCUGCGGAACCUGAGUCAGCUGUAGAUGUCUCCAAAGGAUCCCAACCACCCAGCACCCUUGUAGCAGAACUGUCCACCUCAUCAGCUGUCCAGUCCACCUUGCCAACUCCUCUGCCUGUGGCAACCCAGUACAUGUGUGAGAAGAUUCCAGGGGCUGGGUCAAAUCAGCAAAGGUUGGGCGAAACCCAGAAAGCUAUGCUAGAUCCCCCCAAGCCCAGUCGAGGUCCCUGGCGACAGCCCGAACGGAGGCACCCGAAGGGAGGGGAGUGCCACGCCCCUAAAGGUACCCGUGACACCCAGGAACUGCCACCUCCUGAGGGGCCCCUCAAGGAGCCCACGGACCUAAAGCCAGAACCCCAUAGCCAAGGAGUUGAAGGUCCUCCACAGGAGAAGGGGCCUGGCAGCUGGCAGGGCCCCCCACCCCACAGGACUCGGGACUGUGUUCGCUGGGAGCGCUCUAAAGGCCGGACACCGGGUUCUUCCUACUCCCGCCUGCCUCGGGGCCAGGGAGCAUACCGGCCUGGUACUCGGAGGGAGCCCCUGGGCCUGGAAUCUGAGGAUGGUUCCUAGCAGGACUUGUGGGGGACGGAAUUGGGGACGGGAGGGGGGCAAUAAAGAUAUUUGGCCUUGUUUGGCUUUCUUUGCU